AUGAAUGCCAUCUGGUUUGAGCCCAUCAGUGAUUCUGCAGAAGACAAAUCGGCUGCUGAGAGAGCCCUAUCUUUCUAUAUGAAUUGGUUCUUAGACCCUAUUGUACAUGGGAAAUAUCCAGAAGAAAUGCAUAAUAUUUUAGGAUCAUUACUGCCUGUCUUUGUGGAAAAGGAUUUGGAGAAAUUGAAAUUUGGAUUGGACUUCAUUGGCAUCAAUCAUUAUACCAGUUUCUACAGCAAGGACUGCAUAUACUCUGAAUGUGGAGGAGGACAAGGAGUAUCCAAAUCAGAGGGUAAUUCCCUCUGGACACCGUUGAAAGAUGGUAAACUUAUUGGCAAAUCUACUGCAGUGGACUGGCUAUAUGUAUACCCUCAAGGAAUGGAGAAGAUUGUGACAUACAUAAAGGACAGAUACAACAAUACGCCAAUGUUCAUCUGUGAAAACGGGUUCGGUGAUGAGAACAAUCUGGAUUCAUCUGUAGCAGAUUCUCUCAAUGAUGUCGAAAGAGUGGAAUAUAUGGAAAACCAUUUGGAUUCCCUGGCAAAGGCAAUAAGGAAUGGAGCAGAUGUGAGGGGCUAUUUUGCCUGGUCCUUACUCGACAACUUCGAAUGGACAUCUGGAUAUACAAUAAGAUUUGGACUUCACCACGUAGAUUAUGCUAGUCUUGAAAGAACUCCCAGAUUGUCAGCAACUUGGUAUAAAAACUUCAUUUCCAAUGUAAGAGGCUUACAAACAUGGUGA